GCGCGGCUCGGCGCGGCGCGGCGCGGGGCGCAUCGAAGGGCACCGCCGAGGGGCGCGGGCGCAGCCGGAAGCUGGGGCGGGGCGCCCGCGCGGGAUGCGGUGAAGGGCAAGCGGCGCGGCGGCGGCGGCGAUGAGUGCCUCCGCGGCCACGGGGGUCUUCGUGCUGUCCCUCUCGGCCAUCCCGGUCACCUACGUCUUCAACCACCUGGCUGCCCAGCACGAUUCCUGGACGAUUGUAGGGGUUGCUGCCUUCAUCCUGUUCCUGGUAGCCUUGUUGGCUCGUGUCCUCGUCAAAAGAAAGCCACCCCGGGACCCACUGUUCUAUGUGUACGCGGUUUUUGGAUUUACCAGCGUGGUGAACCUCAUCAUAGGACUGGAGCAGGACGGGAUCAUUGACGGCUUCAUGACACACUACUUGAGAGAGGGUGAACCGUAUCUGAACACGGCCUAUGGGCACAUGAUCUGCUACUGGGAUGGCUCUGCUCAUUAUCUGAUGUAUCUGGUGAUGGUGGCAGCCAUAGCAUGGGAGGAAAGUUAUAGAACCAUUGGCCUGUAUUGGGUCGGAUCUAUUAUUAUGAGCAUUGUUGUUUUUGUGCCAGGAAACAUUGUAGGGAAAUAUGGAACACGCAUUUGCCCUGCUUUUUUCUUAAGCAUACCAUAUACUUGUCUUCCUGUUUGGGCUGGUUUCAGAAUCUAUAAUCAGCCAUCAGAAAAUUAUAAUUAUCCCUCAAAGGUCAUUCAGGAAGUCCAAGCGAAAGACCUGCUGAGAAGACCAUUUGAUUUAAUGUUGGUUGUGUGUCUCCUUCUGGCAACUGGAUUUUGCCUGUUUAGAGGCUUGAUUGCUUUGGAUUGCCCAGCUGAGCUCUGCCGAUUAUAUACGCAAUUUCAAGAGCCCUACCUAAAGGAUCCUGCUGCUUACCCUAAAAUCCAGAUGCUGGCAUAUCUGUUCUAUUCUGUCCCUUACUUUGUGAUGGCGCUUUAUGGCUUAGUGGUUCCUGGCUGCUCCUGGAUGCCUGACAUAACACUGAUACAUGCUGGAGGUCUAGCUCAGGCUCAGUUUUCUCACAUCGGUGCUUCUCUUCAUGCUAGAACUGCUUAUGUCUACAGAGUUCCUGAAGAAGCGAAAAUCCUUUUUUUAGCAUUAAACAUAGCAUAUGGAGUUCUUCCUCAGCUCUUGGCCUAUCGAUGUAUCUACAAACCAGAGUUCUUCAUAAAAACAAAGGCAGAUGAAAAAGUUGAAUAAAAGCAUUAUUUUAUGUUCUUUCUCUCUAGUGUUGCUGACUUUUGUUAUCUUGGUGCUGAUAUUUGGUCCCAUUCCACUCUCUUCCCACAAGAAACAUUUAAGAAUACAUAAAUUCUUGUUCCGUAUUGUAUAUGUGAGCUAUCAUAGGAAUUAUGUGGGUAAAUUUUCUUUAUUUUGAAGGAAAAUUGAAGUUAUUCAGAAAGUUUGCUUAAAGAAAUAUAUUUCAAGUUAUUUGUGAAUAAACUCGACCACCUAUCUCAAUAUUCUGUUUGCACAUAUUAAAUAUAAGUGUGAAAAAUUACAAUUUAGCUCCUAUAAUAGUGAGCAUGAAAAGGACAAAAGUGAAAAUGGUCUAUGCAUAUUAAAAAUUUCAAAAGAGCAAAUACAGAUUGGAGAAAUAUUUUUGCAUAUAAGAUCUAUGUUUCAUUAUCAACCUCAAUAUAAAAGACAAAUCAUCAGAAUAUUUAAAAAUGUUGCUUGAAAAAUGUUUUCCCAAGGAAAGUAUAUUAUUUACUGCUGUUUCAAAAAUUGCUUUUACUGAAAAUUGUGAGUCUAAAUAGCUAAGGAGGGAUCUAUAACUUUAUCAUUACCCUUAUUUUAUUGGUGACUGGAAAUAUUUCUAUUGCAUUUCAGUGUAUAUUUUUAAUAAAUCAUUUUUGGUCUUUUAUGAAGACAAAUUGUAUUAAAUUUGAAACAUUUUGUAUUUUUUUUUUUUCAGAAAAAGUUCUGCAGUCUUUAGGCUUUUUGUUUUGAAAAUCUGUCGGUAAUAUGUUCCAAUUCAAAAUGUCAUUUACAUUCUCCUUAUGUUUUAGUGUGAGCAAUGAAGAGGACGGACUUUUGAUGAAUUAAUUAAAUUUCAUUAAUUUUAGAUUAAAAUAUUCAAAAUUAAAAAGUACCUUUUAAGGA